UUUUGGUUAGCGUCGCGUAGGGGAUCCUAUCCCUGCACGUGCGAUUGUCAACCUUAAUUUCAUCUAAAUCCAUUAUCCCCCUCGCUCAACUAAAAACAUGGGUUUUUUAUGUCACAAUUUCUAGAAAUAAACGACCUGGUGCUCUAAGAUAAAACUUUUAGUUGUAGGCUAAAUACAGCGGUUUCGCCCAGCAGCGUAGCCUUGUCCAUCCCAGUUUCUCCGUUUGCCGCAUUGAAAUCGUAGAGUUGAGUUGAAGCGGGACUCAACAAAUUUUGGUCUGUACUCCGUUAAAAUCGUGUUUCAACGGAAGGAACGGACUGCCUAAACCUGUCUCUGUGUAUUGCACAUAUACAAGGGGAGAAAACGGAAAAUGCGUUGAGGAGGAAUGCAGAAAAAAGAGCGAGAGAACACGAAUAUUUUAUCGGGUGGAGAUAUCCAGGUGUAUUACUGUGCAGUGGACCUAAAGAGCAGACCCGAGGGAAGAUUGAGGGCCACUAGGUUCUUAUCUGCACCUGCUGCAUCAUGGGUAACUUCGCUGGCAAGGACGGCCAUGGCCUUACAGACAGGUGUUGUUCCUGGCUAAAGGACUCCAUUAUCCCUUACCUGCUUUCCUCAACAUUCCAUUAUGUGUUUAUGGCUGGUGAUAGAGUCGAAUAACUGGAUUGAAUAUUUAGUUGGAAUCUGCUCUGUGAUGCAAACCAUGCACAUUUUGACAGUCUACCGAUUUAACAAUGCCACCUGCUGCUGGAUAUCUGCUACUAAACAGGUCGAGCAGUGUUGUGGCACAUUCAGCGCUAUUGCUAUCUAAUGUGGUUUACAUUGUCAUUAUAUUUAAAUCAUUAAUUAUUUAAUGAAAGUAUCUAAUCAUUGGGGUGUCACCUGGCAGCCUAGUGGUACAAAUGGUUAAGAGACUAUGAGUACAAUAAUGUACUUCUGCACAAUUUGUUGAUUAUUUGUAUCCCUCUUCUCAAACGGUCUGUAUUUCUGCUCACAUUGCUAACUUUGAACGUGCGUCCUACCUGAAUCAUCUUCAAAUUCUGAUACACGCACGCAUGUCCUCACCAGUACUCCCGUUUCUAUCUGUUUGAGCCGUUUUCAGUAUACAGAAAGCGGUCAGAUUGGGAUGAGAAUAGCUCCCUGGAUACUGCUUGUAGACCGCCAGUCACACGCUAUGCAUGAGGCCCUCCUAGCAGAAUGAUGAGUCUGCAGUUCUGCAGCCCAUCAUAGGGAGAGGAAACAUGAGACGCCAGGGUCUCGUUUGGAUAUGUUCCACACUCCGCCCUCCUCCCCGUCUGAUUCAGACCUAGCCGUGGCUCGGCUGCUGCAGCAGGGCACGCCGUCCUCCGGUGCCGCCCAGGGCAUCGCCUGGCAUGGCGGAGCCUCCGCCAUCUCCGACUGGAGUCACACGCUGUCCGUCCCACCGGAAUGGGCUGUGAUUAGCUUGGAUAGCAGUCCAUCACCACAAGGGGCAGGCGUCGCUAUGGACGACGGAAGGCAGACGGGAAUGCGCUCCGGCAGCCGCAGCAGUAGCCCUGUGUCCACAUGCCAGGGUCCUCCACCAGAGGCCAGCCCUUCGCGGCAGAGCUGGCAGGAGCGGGACAGUGGGCUGGAGUCCCAGGCAAAGCCGGAGUGGUCCGGGGACGAGUUGGCCCUGGUUCUGACCGGCUUGUUGGAACAUCACGGGUCCGCACUGGCGCUCAUUCCGGGCCUGGAACCACAAGCAAGUGCAACCGAGCUGCUGAAAUGGUUGAUGACGGAAAGAGAGGGACUGGUCGAGGAGGUGCGCAACCUGACGGACACGCUGAGGACGGAGCGAGCUGAGUGGCACCAGUUCCAGUGCGAUCUGCAGGUGGCGGUGUCCGUGGCCGACCGACUGCGCUUGGAAGCGGAGGAGACCCUGGGCACGCUCCAGCAGAGCCACAGGGAUGUGGAGGGCCAGCUGGCCCGCGCCCACAGCCGACAGCAAGACACGGAAAGGGAGCUGGAGAGCCUGAAAGCUGAACACACAGAGGCCUGUCAAAAACUGUCCGCACUCGCCCUGGAGCACCAGCAGGUCAAAGCUGAGCUGGACACACUAAGGCAGAGUGGGAGGGAGACAGAGAGACCGCCUGCUGAAGACCUAAGCACAGCAGAGGUGUCUGAUGGAACGUUGAGAGCAGAUUCAGAAAGAGAAGCGGAUGGAGAGAAAGCGGUGGAGAGUGAGCGAGGGCUGGUGCAGUCCCCCGAGAACGAGCUUAAAGGGAAGGGUGUGGCGGAGACGUACCUGAGGAAUUUGGCUGCAGCUGGAGAGAAGGGGUGUGUCUUGCGAGAUCCACGGAAGAUUGUGAUGAUGACAGAGCGCUCCAGGAGCCUCUGUCGACUUCCACUGGCUAAUGAGUCUCUCCCUGCACAGAACGGCAGCUCCCAAACCACCACUAGUGCAACACUGCCUCUGUGCAAGAAGGAAGAACCCGCCAAAGGGAGAAGGAUGGAUCACACACUGCAAAGACAGGAAAGCUGGUCCAGCUUCUAUUCAAAAAAACACAUGGAGGACCAGAACACAGACCCAUUCUUCUUGUUCAGACCCCAGGAUGGUUUCAGCAUGCUGCUACGACGUCAUGGAGGCUCCAGGCGGAACUCGCUUCUACGCUGGUGUCAAAGCCGUACCCAGGGCUAUAAGCAUGUGGAGAUAACCAACUUCAGCAGCAGCUGGGAGGACGGUCUGGCUUUCUGUGCUGUGUACCACACCUACCUCCCCACACACAUCCCGUUCACCAGUCUCAGCCCAGAGGACAAGAAGGAGAACCUGGGCUUAGCCUUUCAGACUGGGGAGAGUGUUGGAAUCCCAGCCACGCUGACUGUGGAGGAGAUGCUGAAACCUGAUGGACCUGACUGGCAGAGGGUCCUGGGAUACGUUGAAAGCAUGUUUCGUCACUUUGAGAUACACUGAUAGCAGACUGGCUAAAUGGACUGAUGUACCACUAGAGGGUGUAGGACUACUGGUGGAACUGAAUUCUAAUAGUCUCCACGCAAAGACCUCAGCUACUGCCAGUUGGUUGUAGGUGAGCUGAGGAUGGAGGUACUGGAAACGGAGUCCACCUUGACUUUAGAAAACAGUUUCUCUGUUUUUGUUAUAUAUACACAGUAAUUGCACUGAAUAUGUGAUCCCAUUGGUAGAGGAGCACCAUAAGUGAGGACACUGUAGAUAUGUGGAGGAUGUGUGUAGAAGAUUUGCACCAGGACAAGUAGUCAAAAUAAUUCACGUUGAUCACUUAUGGUGCAACUGCUGUUCACUGUUUUGCACUGAUUUGAAUGCCUUUUAAUUAAGCACUUUAUUAACAAUAUGAAGUAAUCACCUUUUAAGCUUUUAAUGUUCCCGCUCUCUUCCAUGUAUCGGUUUUCAUCAGACUUUAUUUGCUCACUUUACUGUUUGGAUAUUGUUUGCCAGAAGUACAAGUGUCUAUCCACCACAACUGAAAGGACAGAGGCUGGACUACUUGAAUAAGUUAAUUAAAUGGCACUGUGCAUAGCAACCGUGGUCAACCAAAAGGGUACACAGUACUGUCUAACUAGUUGUUUUUAAACUCAGCUUGGUUGGAAAGUAUUUUUUUUAACAUUUUAAAUGUAGAAUGAAAACAAACUGCUACAGGAUGGACUAUGGAACAGUGAGACUUUGUAGUGGUUCCGCUUGAGCUUAUUGGGGCAACAAUUUGGCCAUAUAAUAAUUGUAUAUAUUUUUUUGGGGGGGGAAGGUGAGAAAUAAGAUGUAUAGCAAGUGUCUAAAGUCUAAAUUGGGGCAAAUUAACAUGCCAGUGAUUGUGAAAUGUCUAAACAUUGUAUUAUGAC